AUGAAGACUUCUCAGAGUAGGCAGAAGAAUUACCAUGAAAAGAGAAAGAAAGAUUUAGAGUUUCAAGGGGGUGAUUAUGUGUUUUUGAGAGUCACGUCGGUGACUGGUGUGGGGCGAGCGUUGAAGUCUAAGAAGCUCACUCCUCGCUUUAUUGGACUGUAUCAGAUUUCGGAGAAGGUUGGGAAUGUGGUAUAUAGAGUGGCUUUACCGCCAAAUCUUUUGAAUUUGCAUGACGUGUUUCAUGUGUCGCAACUUCGGAAGUAUAUUUCUGAUCCUUCUCAUGUGUUCCUUAUGGAUGAUGUGCAAGUACAAGAUAAUCUCACGAUGGAGACUAUGACAGUACGAAUUGAAGAUCAUGAAAGGAAGACGCUUAGAGGCAAGGAAAUCGCUUUGUUGAAAGUGGUCUGGUCAGGAGCUACUGGAGAGAGUAUGACGUGGGAAUUGGAGAGCAAGAUGCGGGAGUCUUAUCCUGAGUUAUUCGUAUGA